GCCUUCUUUGUGUCUCUUUAGGCUUGAGGCUCCACGGCCCCGUCCUUGGGAGAAGUCAGCUCCAGCACCAUGAAAGGCAUCCUCAUUGCUGGUCUCAUGGCAGUGCUUCUGGUUUCCGCUGUAGAAUCCCUGAGCUGUGUGCAGUGUAAGUCAUGGGAAAAGUCCUGUGUCAGCAGCGCUGCCACUGAAUGUCCCUCACAUGCCAACACCAGCUGCAUCAGUUCCUCAGCCAACUCUUCUUUAGAGAGAGCAACCGGAUCAUACCAGAAUACGUCCUGCUCCGCGGAGAACUGCAGUGAGGAGACACAUGUUACAGCCCUCGCUGUCCACGUGUGUGCUGAAGAACACUUUCAUUUUGUGAGCCAGUGCUGCCAAGGAAAGGAGUGUAACAGCACCAGCGAUGCCCUGGACUCUCCACUGAAGAAUGUGUCCAGCAGCACAGAGUGCCCUGCUUGUUUUGAAUCUAAUGGAACUUCCUGCAGUGGGAAACCCUGGAAAUGUUAUGAAAACGAACAGUGCAUCUUUCUAGUUGCAGACUGGAAGACUGAAACUGAGUCUAAGCAUCUUGUGCUGAAAAGCUGUUCCAGUGUCAGUAACUCCACCUGUCAGUUCCUGUCUGGUGAAAAUAAGGCAGUUGGAGGAGUCAUCUUUCAAAAGUUCGAGUGUACAGAUGCAAACAGCUUAACGCCCAUGUCUACACCGGCUGCUUCCCAUAACAUGGGCUUCAAAGCUUCCUUCAACUUCCUGGUGCUUGCCAGUCUCCUUCUGCUGGGACUGCUGCUCUGAGGUCCUGGGGCUGACCUUCAAGCAGCAUCCCUGGGGUGCUGCUACCCUCUUUCCCCACCCGUCCUGUUUAACUGCCCAGUAAGUGGGAGUCACACAUCUCCAGGUAAUGCUGACAGCUGCCUUGUUACCCCAUUAUUAAAGCACUGGUCCUGUCACUGCCCAAGUCUGUCCUUAUGCAUUCUGGGCUGGGCUUCAUUUGAGCUGCCCUCUAGCGUCACCGCCCACUUCUGGGCUAGAGGUGGAGUCCUUGCCUUUGAAACCUGUGCACGUUUGUUUCUGGGAUCCGAUGAUAUCCCUGCUCCCUGCUCAUCUUGCUUCUGAGAAGCCAACCCUUUGACCUUGUAGCCCCGUACCCUGGGGACCGACAUGCCACCAUCCCCACUCUCACACACAAGGAGUCCCCAGCCUACCCUAUAAGGCCUUGUGUUGGCCCAGUACCAACACAGAAACUCCUUCAGUAUUGGCCAAAUAUGGCUUUUCAACAGUUGUCCUGAUUG